CGGCCAAGUAGCCGUUAACUAUCUAAAAGUCGACAUGACGAAAAUGCCGAAGAAAGCUUACCACUAUGACGUCAAGAUCCUGCCAGAGUGCCCAAAGAAGUUCUACAGACAUGCAUUCGAGCAGUUCCGUGUGGAUCAACUGGGCGGUGCCAUUGCCGCCUUUGAUGGCAGAGCAUCCUGCUAUUCGGUGGACAAGCUGAAAACGGACUCUGAAAAUUCGGAAGUCUCUGUGAAAGACGGUCAAGGUCGUGUCUUGACCUAUACGGUGGAAAUCAAGGAGACUGGGGACUUGGAAGUGGAUCUUAGCUCGCUGAAUAACUAUAUGACGACGAGGAUCUUCGACAAGCCCAUGCGGGCGAUGCAAUGUCUGGAGGUUGUGAUGGCGGCUCCUUGCCACAACAAGGCAGUUCGGGCCGGUCGGUCCUUCUUCAAGACCUCCGAGCCCGGUGAGCGCCGGGAAUUGGAAGGUGGCUACGAGGUCCUGGUCGGUCUAUAUCAGGCCGUAGUACUGGGUGAUCAUCCCUUUCUGAAUGCAGAUAUAUCGCACAAGUCAUUUCCAAUUGCCAUGCCGAUGAUCGAAUAUGUGGAGCGAUUCGUCCUAAAGUCGAAAGUCAACACAACAACUAGCCUGGAAAACUCCAGGCGGUUGAUGGAGUCGUUCCUAAAAGGUAUCGAUGUGAUUUACACACCCCCCAAAUCCUUCGCUGCCAACUCGAGGGUGUACAAAGUGAAUGGACUUUCUCGAAGUCCGGCCACCAACCAGACCUUCGAGCACGAGGGCACAACCAUCACGGUGGCGGAUUAUUUCGGGAGUCGCAACUUCAAGUUGCAGUAUCCCCAACUCCACUGCCUGCACGUUGGAUCCCCGACCAAGCAAAUAUACCUGCCCAUCGAGCUUUGCCAAAUCGACGGAGGUCAGGCUCUAAAUCGCAAGGAUGGAGCGACUCAGGUGGCUAACAUGAUAAAGUUUGCAGCCACAUCGACGAACGUCCGAAGGGCCAAGAUCAUGACACUGCUUAAGUUCUUCCAGCACAAUAACGAUCCGACCAUCAGCAGGUUUGGCAUCAAGAUAGCUGCCGAUUUCAUGAUGGUGGACACGAGGACCCUCCGCGCACCAGAGGUGGAGUACCAGGGCAAACAAACGUGCAAGCCGAGGAACGGAUCGUGGCGCAUGGACACCAUGAAGUUCCUGAAGGCCGAGCCCAAGGCCCACAAAUGGGCGAUCGUGUACCAUGAUCCGCCGCAAGGUCGCAAGAUGCCCUACAACCAGGUGAGCGAAUUCGAACGUCAGAUGUUUACCCAAAGCAAGUCGGUAAGCAUAAACUUGGAAGCCAAGGCGGAGAUAAGGACCUUCAAGGACGACCGCUCCCUGGACGAUUGCUUCGGGGAUCUGAAGCGUAAGCAAUGCGAUCUGGCGUUUGUGAUCAUCCCCACCUUCGGUGCUUCCUACGACGUCAUCAAGCAGAAGGCCGAGCUGCAGCACGGCAUCUUGACGCAGUGCAUCAAGCAGUUUACCGUCGAGCGAAAGCUCAAUUCCCAGACCAUUGCCAAUGUCCUACUCAAGGUGAACUCAAAGUUAAAUGGCAUUAAUCACAAGCUCAAGGACGAACCGCGGAUAAAGAACGCGAUGUUCUUGGGAGCCGAUGUGACCCACCCCUCGCCCGAUCAGCGCGAGAUUCCCAGUGUGGUGGGCGUGGCAGCCUCACACGAUCCUUACGGAGCCGCCUACAACAUGCAAUAUCGGCUGCAGCGACCGGCUCUGGAGGAGAUCGAGGACAUGGAGUCGAUAACGAUGGAGCACCUGCGUGUAUAUCGCCAGUACAGGAAGGCCUAUCCCGAUCACAUUCUCUAUUACCGCGACGGUGUGAGCGACGGCCAGUUUCCAAAGAUCAAGAACGAGGAGCUGAAGGGCAUUUAUGCAGCCUGUUCCAGGGUCGGCAUCAAGCCCAAGAUUUGCUGUGUGAUCGUGGUAAAACGUCACCACACUCGCUUUUUCCCCAACGGGGAGCCCUCGCAGUACAACAAGUUCAACAACGUGGACCCCGGAACCGUGGUCGAUCGCACCAUCGUGCAUCCCAACGAGAUGCAGUUCUUCAUGGUCAGCCACCAGUCCAUCCAGGGCACGGCCAAGCCGACGCGCUACAAUGUGAUUGAGAACACGGGAAAUUUGGACAUCGACCUGUUGCAGCAGUUGACCUACAAUCUGUGCCACAUGUUCCCCCGUUGCAAUCGCUCGGUUUCGUAUCCCGCUCCUGCCUACUUGGCCCACUUGGUGGCAGCACGCGGUCGCGUUUACCUCACUGGAUCCACCAGGUUCCUGGAUCUGAAGGCGGAGUACGAAAAGCGCAAGAUAGUUCCUGAAUUUAUGAAGACAAACCCCAUGUACUUUGUCUAAACUCUGAAUCGAAAUCUUAAUAUGGAC